AUGCCCUCCAACAAACAGUGGGUUUUACUGCUCCUUACAACAAUCACAGUAUCGUCUGUUGUCUAUAUUCUGCGGACAGAGGUCAUCUUGGAAUGUUACACAAGGGUGUACAAUCACAGGUCUGGUAUACACACCGCGUGGCUUCACCGAAGGUCUGCAACCAAAAAGGAACCGUUGAAUAAUGCCAACUCACCAGGGAGACCACUCAGUGAUGAAGAUGUUGAUGUUGGUGUUGGUGUUGAUCGCGAUACGCCUCCUGAAAGAAAGGCCACAUUCAGCGACCGAAAGUCGGUUUUACAUGUGAGAUCGAUGUCCACCGAUUUGAAAUUUCUGCACCAUCAUGAUUACCAGUUUACCAUUUCAACCCCUGGCAUCUGCAAUACUACAGGGUCGCUGUACAAAACUGGAGUUUUCUUAUUAGUUCUUGUUGAAUCAAAACCGGAUAAUUUCCUCGAUAGGAACAUAUAUCGCAAAACGUGGGGGUCUAUGCAUGAGUCACAGGGGGAACAGAUACGCACGUUAUUUUUAUUGGGGACGUCUCAAAACCGCACCGCUGAUGAAAAAAUAGAGGAAGAAAAUCGUAAAUUUCGUGACAUAAUACGGGUGGAAUUUGUAGACACUUAUCGCAAUUUGACCCUCAAAACUAUUCUUGGUCUUCGAUGGGUUUUACGUCACUGUCCAAGCGCCUUUUAUGUAAUGAAAACAGACGACGACGUGAUCGUUCAGUAUCCAAAACUGGUAGACUACUUACUGGACCUUCCUUGGUGGCGGACCAAAUACCUCUUUAUGGGAAGACUUUAUGAGCCGAAACCACCCGAGAGGGACCCAAGAGUAAAGGGAUACGUCAGCGAGCAGGAGUACCCGGGGGCGUUAUACCCAGCUUAUCUGGCUGGGUCGGGGUACGUCAUGUCCAUGGACACAGUGCGGGUGCUUCAUGAAACGUCACGCCACGUGCCGCUGAUGCCAAUGGAAGACGUGUAUCUCGGAAUUUGCGCGAAUAAAACAGAAUUAGUUCAGCCACAAAAACAUGAGAACUUCACUCGUUUCUAUAUGGGGCGUGUGUACAGUUUUUGUCUGUAUAAAGGACUGGUAACUAUUCACGCCGCUUGUAGAGAAUGUAGAGAAAUAUUUUGGAACGAAAUGUAUGGAGGAGGGAGCAGGAAGAAGCUACCUUCUUGCCCAAUGACCGGGAUGGAUGUGAACACUUUCUGUUAUUACGCUCACCCGAAAAACAAGUUGUAUUUUAAAUUAGGGUGUGAUGUUAUACAGAAAUCGUGGUAUUAUGUUAUAUGA